GAUGUGCAAGAUCAUUGAUUCUUUUCCCGCGGGUGCAGACGUCGUCGAAAAAGCUUUCGCAGCGGCGAGUCUGUACUACAAUUACACAGGCGACCAGAAAUGCUUCCAGGUAGAGGGUGGGGAUGACCCCCAUGGCCUCAGCGGCUGGGGCUGGCAGGCUUGCACAGAGAUGGUCAUGCCAAUGACGGUGUCGAAUGAGAGCAUGUUUCCGCCAUCCGGCUUCAGCUACGAAGAGAAGUCCGAGGGCUGCUUUGCCAGCUAUGAGGUUCGCCCGAGGAUGAACUGGAUCACUACUGAAUAUGGUGGCCAUAAAAUUGACAAAGUUCUCAAGAGGUUUGGGAGCAACAUCAUCUUCUCCAACGGGAUGCGAGACCCGUGGAGUCGAGGGGGGGUUCUCAAGAACAUAUCAUCCAGCAUCAUUGCUCUUGUCACAGAGAAAGGGGCCCAUCAUUUGGACUUCAGAUCUGCAACCAAGGAUGACCCAGACUGGGUUGUAGAACAAAGGAGACAGGAAGUUGAGAUCAUACAUGGAUGGAUAGAUCAGUAUAACAAGUACAUUGCACAGAUGUAGCAGUAAGAAGGUGCCAUUGAUUUCACAGUUGAGGAAAAUAAAUAUGUGGCCACUUGCAAAAAUAUAAGGAUUUGCCUUUCUUUUACAGGGCAAUGGGUGCAAAAAUUAAAAUAACAUAUUAGUGCAAUUGCAAUUCAA